CGCCCGCUAUGAGGUGUGUGAUUGGUUGAAGUUCCUUCCGACUGCGAUGAUUGGUCGCUUUGCUUGUUGUCAGCCUGAUUUGCACCGGAUGUGAAACUGAAUCAGAUCUGCUAACACGAAAGUCCUCUAGAGCCACUUAUUAAUACCUGUGGUCUGCCUCCACUGAGCCACAAUGUCUGACAAUGAUGGUCCAGCAUCAGAGCCUGCUGGACUGGACGGUCUGCCGCCACUGUUCAGCAUUUCUAAGGGAGAAGUGGUCUCUGUGCAAACCUAUGGUGCUUUUGUCCGACUGCCAGGAUACAGAAAGGAAGGCCUAGUCCAUGUGAGUGAGAUGUCAGCAUCACGGGUUGAAAACGCCUCAGAGAUUGUGGAUGUGGGAGAACAGGUGUGGAUUAAAGUCAUUGGGAGAGAGAUUCAUGGUGACAAGGUGAAGUUGUCCUUUUCAAUGAAAGCUGUCAAUCAGGGGACGGGGCGAGACUUGGACCCAAACAACGUCAUGGCAGAGCAGGAUGCGAGGCGACGUAAGCAGUUUAGAGACCAGACCGGCAACAGGAUCACACUGGAGGCUGUGCUCAACACGACGUGUUCAAAGUGCGGCUGCAAGGGUCACUUCACAAAGGACUGUUUCUCUGCCCCGGGCCUGCAGUACGCUCUUUUGCCUGAAGAGGACGACGAAGAGCCACAGCAGCGACAGCAGCCGACCUCCACGGUUGCACCACAUCAAGACUCAGAGAAAAAGAAGAAGAAAAAGAAGGAGAAGAAAAUGAAGAAGAAGAGGAAGAGGGAGAGGAAGGAGUCAGGGAGCGACAGCAGCAGCGACAGCGACAGUAGCGAAUGCAAAUCCAAGAGGAGGCGCCACGACCACACUCGCGACAGAGAAGACAAAAAGAAGAAGAAACAUAAGAAACAUAAAUCACAUAAACACAACUGAGACAGACUGUCACACAGACGCAAAAAGGGGAAGUGGGUAGCAACAGACCUCAAGCUAUGUAGCUUUAAAUAAUCCACCAAUAGCUUAUUAUAGAAACCUCCAUCCAUUUAAGUUAAGGAAAGCAUGGCUUACUGUCUCUCCAUGUUUUUGGAGCCACAUUUAGACCGCCUAUCAAGUUUUAGAAAAUCAAAAUAGUCAGGAAGGAAAGUGCUGCAAAGACAAAAAUCAGGUGACAAGCCCCACUUGCCCUAAAGAAACCUCUGUCUCCCCGACAGAGGGAGGAGUCUACACAUCGUACGACACCAGAUAGGUGUAAGCAAUAUGGCAGCGAGUGGUUAUUCCCUCGUGAAAUCCAGAUAUUGUUCAUGGCUAUCCGGUUUCUAAUACUCUGGGAAAUCCAUUAAGCAGACGUGAGGUGGUAAAGCCGAUUCUGAGGUAGAGUCUGACAUGAAAAUCCUUGAAAUGAUCUACACAGAGAAAGCCAAACACACACACACACAUAGAGGAAGUAGUACAGACACAAACAAGAAAUGUAAUGUAGCGCAUGCAAGCGCAACAGGAAGCUCAUGCUAUGGUGAUAUCCUCAGGCCGUCCGCCACGUAUUGUACAUCCUGUACAUCCUUGUGUGCAUCCGCGUGUGUGUUUGUGUAUCUUGUCUCCAGGGAACUGUUCGCAGUAGACACACACACCCCCUUCUUCCUGCAUGUCAACUGUUAACUCCAUUAAAGGUGUUUUUAUUUGUAAAGGUAAAAGAAAAUGCCUCUUGAUGUCUUUGUUCUUGGACCUUGAACUCAUAAUGUUGAUGUUGAAGUCAGUCCCUGGAGAGCCAAAACACACACACACACACACACACACACAAACAUCAGAAAUUCUCAGCUUGGGUCAGGCCCACCCUGGGGUCAUAUUAAGUUAAUGUUUUCAAGUUAGGUAAGGCAUCUCAGGGCUGGACUGAGGGAUUUACACAACAUAGAUCUCAGGUUGGGUCGUGUCACAAAGCACAAAGUCACAGAUGACCCCUCGUCAAAGUAAGACAAGAUAAGGCGACGUCAGGGAAUCAACAUCUUGUUUCUCUUGAGCUGUUUUGACCUCGUUUCCGAGCCUCUACAUGUAGGGUUGCGGAGUGAUAGAUUGUUUCCAGCUGCGGUGGUUUGACUCAACUCCAGCGAGUGCAUUCACCUGCUUGGGCCAACACAGAUGCACAAGAUGAAUUUUAUAUGUCCGGUGAGACAUUUAGGAUGAUCCAGAACUAUGAGCUUGUCCCCCAUGAUUGCACAUACUUUGAAUACAUUCAGCCACAAGGAAAAGUAAACCAGUGGAAUCUUCUAUUUGUUCAAGUUGUAUGACAGUGUUUGAGUUGACCUUGAGGGAUUUUUUCCUCUUGUACAGGAUAUCCUUGAAAUAUGUAACACAUCUGCCUCCGUAAGGGAAUAACCAAUUCAUUGUACAUUGUGUUGGAAGGAUUUGGAUAUAAAAACUGGAUUACAGGGCAGAGAACUGUCAUUUGGACUCAAAUGAAGCAAACUAGUUAUAACUUUAUGAAAUCAGGACAUGAAUUGUGAAUGCUUUGAACUGGUAAAGUGGAGAAGUGAAUACUCUACUUCUACAGUGAAUGUAAUUGAAUUCAUAUUUUCACAUAACAAUCUACAGCCAUGCUAACAGCUUUGUUGGUACUAAGGCACAGCAGGGCCUUGAACUAAGCACACUGAUGUUUGUAAUUCCAAAUCCAGUAGUUGUUAAGAUAUUUCAGUCUGGACCAAAGUGGUGAACUGAGCGACUGUUAUCUACAAAGAUAAAGGUCCACUUUACUUUUUUUUUUUUUACACUGCAUGGUCCAGAAAACUCUUAUCUGCAGAUGAAGUCUGCCAGAUGUGCUUGAAAACUGUGCAAACUUUAAGUUUGGACUUUAAGCUCUUUUUAAAAUCUUUUUCCUUUUUUAAAUCAAACUACUUUCUGAGGUCAAGUGUCAACCUCAGUUAUUAAACAAGAUUUGCCUGUUGCACACUUUUGCUCUUCAUACUGUAAGUGUAUUGAUAUGGAUAUCUUCUUGCAGAGUUGCUUCCACUUUACAUACAGUAUAUUUUCCCAUUUUUACUUUUUAUUUGUGCAAAUACUUGUUACUAUCUUGUGAAUGAAUAUAUUUAGUGACUGUUUCAGCUCAGAGUAACUAUAGGAGGUGAUGGCAGAAGGUCGCCUGACUCACCCCGUGCCCUUUCACCUCUUCACCUUGCUUCUAGUUGGCAGUGUGUCUAAAACACAUGACACCGAUGUACUGUGGGCAGGAAUGAUCCAAAUUUAGAUAGUACACACACACACUCCUGGUGUACAAGCAUAGGAUCUAACAGUAGCCACACAGCUAGUACUAGCUUUAACAAAACUUUCCCCUCACCCUAGCCAGGGCAAAGGCAACACACACACACCACACACACACACACAGUAGCAGGAGCUAUAAUUAACCUCUCCCUCAGUCCCUGUAAACCCACUGUGAUGGAAACUGUGGUCACACUCCUUGGAUCUACUCAGAUGUGUACAGUCAUGUCGCACUACUGAACUCUUGUACCCUGCAGUUUUCCUAACUAAAAACUAAACUAAAAACAGCUCAGACUGGAGUCAUUUCAGGCUCACCAUGCUCAGAAAGUUCAGCUUUGAAUUCAUGACAGUAACUGAUCUUUUACUGAGGCCUUGUACUGAUGCUGCCUGAAUCAAACUUUACAUAAUUUAUCCACUGAUCGCAGCUGCUAACAAAUAAAAUUAAAUUCAGUUAAAUGAACUUCAAAUAAAAAAAUUCCCCAAGGACAUUUGUUCAUGUCACUGUUUGUGGACAUCAGGGUCCCAGUAAAGCAAAUAUUUGAUAAGUUUCUGCACGUCGACCUCCUGACUGCCAUGUACGGACAUGUAAAAAAAAAAUCUUGGAAGAAUGCCAUUGUUUUACCAGUUCAUCCACCAGUAUGGAUACUUUUAUUUUUCAGGUCUCAAUAGUUAAAACGUUGACAUUUUUCAAACAUUUUUCC